UGAGGGAGCAGUUUAUUCUAACAACCUCAAUUUCCCUUCCCUCCUCAGUGUGUUGCCCUAGUUGUCCCCAGUCUUGGACCAGGUGGUGAAGAAAAUAACAUGGACUCCUUAUACUAGCCAGAUCCCAUUUACAACUCCACAUCUUUCUUGGAUUGCUCCAAGUCAUAGACCAGUUAGUGAUGAAAACAACAGAGACCUCAGGUCCAUGAAGGUGAACACUUUGCAAGGAAAGAAAAUGAUUCAGACCUGUUUACAGUCAGAAGACUUUGCCACACUAGAGACUCUUUCCCCUUCGCCUUCCCCUAUAAUCUGACUUGAAGAAUCUGUUAUAGAAAAGGGACCUGGAGUAGUUUAAUUAGGUCUAGUUUCAGGGGCUGGAAGACUCAUCUCAGUUUUGCCAUUCAAUGCUGCCUUCCAAUGUACAUUUUCUAUAACGAAUCCAUAGGUUUUUAGUGAUCAUGGACUCCGCUAAUAGCCAUGUCUCAGUUUCUUCAUCUCUACAAUGGGUAGAAUAGAACUUCUGGCUGCAUAGGAAACUUAGUAAAAUGACCUAUGUGAAAGCCGCUGGAGAGGUGUCUUGGCAUCCAGGGAAUAUGAGAAGCUUUCUCUCCCCCCUGCCCUCCAGGUUUUGACCAAUGAGGCUGGGGUAUGCAAAUAGGAUGAAUGUGUAGAUACAUUAAGAUUGGCUGGAGUGACUGUGACGUCACAAUUGGCAGGUUCUUUCAAUCCUCCUUUCCUAUAGAGUGAAGAGAAUGGAAUUGCGGCCGGGAUUCAUUCUGACCCAUUUGCCUUAAUUUCUCUUCUCUCCUAAGUUUGUUUUUUGGUCCGUGUCUAACUGUGGACUGGCUGGUGAAGAAAACAACAUGGAUCCCUUCUACCAGACAGGCCCCAUUUAUGUGAAGGUGAAUACCCUGCAAGGGAAGAAAAUGGUUGAAAGCGGUCUGCAGUCGGGAGACUUUUCCCUGCCUGAGUCUCUGACCGCAUGUCUCCCCCCGCAACCUGAAAUGGAGAACCUGCUGCAAAAAGUGACUGGGGUCCAGAGGGACCUGGAGGAUUUCAAACAGGAGACACUGCAGGCCAUUCACCGACUCGAGAAUGCCUACUGUGAGAUGAGCAGGACUGUAGCCCAGCAGGAAGAGCAGGCAGCGAGGGUAAAGCAGCGAUUGCGGGAGGAGGAGGACCGAGGCAUCGUGCGGAAUAAGGUCCUCACCUUCCUGCUCCCCAGGGAGAAGCAGCUGCGGGAGCACUGCCGAUGGCUGGAACAUGUGUUGCUAAAGAGUGGGAGUCAGGAGGGACAGGGAUCUGCAAAGAAGAUUUCAGGGAACUGACCUGAUCUGGACUGAGCUAUCCUGAUGAGGUCCGGAGUGACAGAGCCACAAUUACUAAGAACUCAAAGCUGCGCUGGGAAAAAAAACAAAGAAAAACACCAAACAACAUCUUUAAAUUCCUGUCCGAUGUCUUCCCUGCCCCAUCUGCCUGACACAGAAAUAGUACCUUGUCCCCUAGAGUUUUUUUUUGGGGGGGGGCAGAUGCAGAAUAAUAUUAACAGUUAACUGUGAUGUCUUGUUUAUCUCAUUAUUAGCAGGGAAGGAUGUGCCCAUAGUCACAAACUUUCUAAAUAAUUUACUCCCCUCCCCCCUUUAAA